AUGAAAAUAGAUCCAACUAAAAGUCUCAAUUCUUACUAUUCCGUAUAUGGAAACUAUCGUUCUGUCUACGAUGAUGUAAUGUCGUGGUUUGGUGCCACACGGCUGGGUUGUGUCGCAUUUCUUACUACAGCUAUGCGUCAUGUUGAAAUAGAAAUUCCACAAGAAGGUACUAUAAAUGGGAAAGGAAUAUCAAUUAAUACUGAAGGUUUCGAAUCCUAUUUGAAAAAUGUUCUGAAAUGGACAGUAUAUGUUGACGCUGCUGAUCAGUUGCGGCCAGGUGAUGUUGUUAUUACUCAAGAUCGAGAAGGGUAUAUUGGUCAUCCUGAUCAUGUUUACAUGUUUCAUCAAUGGCUAGAUCAAAAUGAAGGUAUUGCACUUGUCAUUGAUAACCAAUUGAACACUGAGAAAGAUUUUAUUCAUCCACGAAAUAUUGUUGGAAAUCAUAUAAAUAAUGUCAGAACAUCUUAUACGCCCUAUGCGAGACACUAUCGAUGUCCAUCUGCAGAAUCUUCAUAG